AGGCGAGGAGGAGGCGGAGGACCACACUUUGCUGCUGCAGAGGCCGAGAGGGACGGACACCCUGGCCGCGGCUGGACAACGCUCCCUCUUUCGGCGUCAUCACCGGCAUUAGAGCGCCUAUCCCGGGGCGAAGGGAGGACGAGAACCGCCGCUGUGCAGCACACAGGGUAAAGCAGGACAGCAUGGACUUCCAGCUGAGCAUUGGAGCUCUUCUCAUGACGCUCCUGAGUCACAUGACGUCAGCGCUGGAAGUGCCUCUUGACCCAAAAGUCCUGGAAGGAUUGCCGCAGCCCCCGACUAUAACGCUACAGUCCCCCAAGGACUACAUUUUUGACCCCCGGGAGAACAUCGUCAUCCACUGUGAAGCCAAGGGGAAGCCUCACCCCAGCUUUUCGUGGACAAGAAACGGAACCCAUUUCGAUGUGGAGAAAGACUCCAAAGUUCUGAUGAAGCCCGGCUCAGGGACUCUGGUCAUAGACAUCAGCGGUGAGAAGGCCGAGGCCUACGAGGGGACGUACCAGUGUACAGCCCACAACGAUCACGGCACGGCUGUGUCCAACAACAUCGUCAUCAGACAGUCCAGGUCCCCCUUGUGGUCGAAGGAAAGAAUUGAGGCCAUCACCGUGCAGCUGGGGAUCUCCCUGGUGCUACAGUGCCGACCCCCGGCUGGGCUGCCGCCUCCCGUCAUAUUUUGGAUGGAUAACAAUUUCCAGAAGCUGCCGCUGGACAAACGAGUGUCCCAGGCCCUGAAUGGAGACUUGUACUUCUCCAAUGUCCUGGCUGAGGACACCAGGAAUGACUACAUCUGCUACGCCCGCUUCCCACAUACACAAACCAUUCAGCAGAAGCAGCCCAUCUCUGUCACAGUGCAGGAGAUAGAUACAAUGAAUGAGACUGUGGCUGCUUUGUACAAUGUCACUACCUUUAGUGCCAACCCAGCAAGAGAGCAGGGCCCAGGCUUCUUGACGCCUUUGGGCGCCACCAGCACCAAGAUGGUUCUACGGGGCGAGACCCUCCAGCUGGAAUGCAUCGCGGAGGGCUUGCCCACUCCAGACAUGUCAUGGCAGAAAGACGGAGGAGAGCUGCCCACCAGCAGAGUCUCCUUCCUCAACUACAAGAAAACUCUCAAGAUUUCCGACGUCGGUGAAGCCGACGCCGGCGACUACACCUGCACGGCCACGAAUCGCCUGGGCACGGCAGACCACGUCAUUAAGGUCACCGUCAAAGCUGCUCCUUUCUGGAUCAGCGCUCCCAGGAACCUGAUCCUCGCUCCUAAUGAAACGGGCAUCUUGACUUGUCGAGUCAGUGGAGACCCCAAACCGGAAAUAAGAUGGUUUGUCAACGGGAUCCUCUUAGAGAAUGCCCCAGAGGACCACACCCGCAAGGUGGACGACGACACCGUGAUUCUCAGCAACGUGCAGUCCGGGUCCAGCGCCGUUUAUCAGUGUAACGCAUCCAACGAAUUUGGCUACCUGAUCGCCAAUGCGUUUGUGAAUGUUCUUGCUGAGCCCCCGAGGGUCCUCACCCCCCCCAACCAGGUGUACCGAGUCAUCACCAACAGCCCCUCUUUGCUGGACUGUGCUACUUUUGGCUCACCGAUACCAACCAUCACGUGGUUCAAAGACGGUAAGAUCAGCAUUAAGAGCGGAGACCCCUACGUGAUCCACGAGAACGGUACCCUGGAGAUCAACGUGGCCCAGUCGCAGAACAGCGGGAAGUACACGUGCAUCGCCACCAACAACCUGGGCAUCAAGGAGAACCACGUCUUCCUGGAGGUUAAAGAGCCAACGCGCAUCCUGAAGCAGCCUGAAUACAAAGUGGUGCAGAGAGGCAUGAGCGCCGUUUUUGAGUGUAAGGUCAAACACGACCCCUCACUCGUCCCCACCAUGACCUGGCUGAAGAACAACGGCGAGCUGCCGGAUGACGAGAGGUUUGAGGUGGACACAGACAGUCUGGUCAUCAAAGAUGUGAUGGAUGAAGACGAGGGCACGUACACCUGCAUCAUGAACACCAGCCUGGACCAGGACUCCGCCAGCGCCAUGCUGACUGUCGUCGAGGCUACUCCUACUCCAGCUAUUGUCUACGAGAAACCUGACCCAGCCACUGACCUGGAACUCACCGACCAGACUGAAAGGAGUGUUCAGCUCACUUGGAUCCCAGGAGAUGAACACAACAGCCCCACACAAAAGUUUCUGAUCCAAUAUGAGGAUUUGCUGCACCAGCCAAGCGUCUGGGUCAACAUGACGGAGGUCCCCGGUACGAGCACAACUGCACACCUGAACCUGUCGCCUUUCAUCUACUACUCCUUCCGGGUACUGGCGAAGAACCAGGUUGGCUACAGCCAACCCAGCCAGGCGUCACGCCAAUACCGAACCAACCCUGCUGCCCCUGAUGACAAUCCAUCAGACGUUCAUGGCGAGGGAACAGAACCUGGCAACCUCGUCAUCUCCUGGAGAUCGCUAACAGGAUUUCAGUCUAACGGCCCUGGUCUGGAGUACAAAGUCCUAUGGAGGCAGAAGGACGUUGAUCAAGAGUGGUCUUCCACAACAGUUGCCAACGUCACACAGGUGGUCGUGACCGGAACUCCUAUCUUUGUACCCUACGAGAUCAAGGUCCAAUCUCUGAACGACUACGGCAGCGGGCCGGAAGCUGAAGUAAUCAUCGGGUACUCCGGGGAAGAUUUGCCUACAUCGGCGCCUGACGACGUUCUGGUCUUGGUUCACAACAGCACCCUGGCAGAAGUGCACUGGGAGCCGGUGUCCGCUCACUCAAUCAGGGGGAAACUGAAGGGAUACAAGGUAUAUUACCGGCGUGAGCGAGGCUUGCACAAGACCGAGGAGGAGGCAGAUCAAGAAUCUCAAGACCAGGUUCUGACCUUCAGCGGGAAUAGUACUGAGGGCUCUCUGCCGGGCCUCCAACCCUACAGCCUGUACAACCUCUUCAUCAGGGUCCUGAAUAGCAAAGGAGAAGGUCCUCCUAGUCCAGAUAAGCAGUUUGAGACACCAGAGGGAGUUCCAGGCCCUCCUUCGUUUCUCAAUGUCUUGAACCCCAGUUUGGACUCUCUCACUCUGGAAUGGGGCCCACCGCUGAACAACAAUGGACGCCUUAUUGGAUACACUCUCAAAUACCAGCCAGUCAACAACACCGUUGAAAUGGGGCCGGUCAAGAUGAUGGAAUUUCCGGUCAACGAGACGACCGUGACUCUGGACAACCUGAACUCUAGCGUGCUGUACAAGUUUGACUUAAGUGCAAAGACGAUCAAAGGAGCCGGGGCCAACACCACAAGAGAGGCGUCCACCGUCAUGGAAACAACUCAUACUGGUCCCACUAUAGAGGCGGGUAAAGGCCCCACAGAACCAACUACUCCCGUCACUCAGUCUCCCCCAGUUCACAAGGCGCCCUCUGUAGGCCCCGUGUUUGGCACGUUUAAUACUUCAGUGUCCGAGGAGGGUGCGGUGAUCAGUUGGGAAUACUUCGGACCCCAUAAGAACGUUUAUGUGGAAUACACGGUCGAAAACAGCAAAGAGGAUUGGAAAAAGGAGUCGGUAAACGGCUCGCACUCGCAUGUAUUAAAAGGCUUAAAGCCAGGGACGUCCUAUAAGGUGCGCGUGGUAGCUCGAGACCCGGCCGGGCCCACGCUCCACAGCACCAAGGAAGAGGUGGUUACGGUGCCAGCCGUGCCCAGUCGCCACGUGGACAUCGCCACCCAGGGCUGGUUCAUCGGACUGAUGUGCGCCAUCGCUCUUCUCAUCCUGGUGCUCCUCAUCGUCUGCUUCAUCAAGAGGAACAAGGGCGGCAAAUAUCCAGUGAAAGAGAAAGAAGAAGCCCACCAGGACCCAGAGAUCCAGCCCAUGAAGGAGGACGAUGGCACUUUCGGAGAAUACAGCGACACCGAGGACCACAAGCCGCUGAAGGGCAGCCGGACGCCGUCCAACGGCACGGUGCGCCGCGACGAGAGCGACGACAGCCUGGUGGACUACGGCGAGGGCGGCGACGGGCAGUUCAACGAGGACGGCUCCUUCAUCGGCCAGUACAGCGGCAAGAAGGAGAAGGACACGCACGAGGGCAACGAGAGCUCCGAGGCGCCGUCGCCCGUCAACGCCAUGAACUCCUUUGUCUAACAAGCGCCGCGCGGCGCGGGGGGGGGGGGGUUGCCGUGGCGCACCGUAACUUUGGACCGCCGUGGUGGUCGCCCUGGCGACCGAGGGUGGCCGCCGUCACCCCCUUGCGCCCUCCCUCCGCCUGCUCCUGCUCGCAAAGACAGACGGACACCGCAGUCCAGACGGUGGAGGCUGAAGGAGCGACUCUUGAGAGGAAGCAAUAUAGAAAAGGAAUGUAUCAAGAGUGUCGGCCCUGUGUGUGUGUGUGUGUGUGUGUGUGUGUGUGUGUGUGUGUGUGUGUGUGUGUGUGUGUGUGUGUGUGUGUGUGUGUGUGUGUGUGUGUGUGUGUGUGUGUGUGUGUGUGUGUGUGUGUGUGUGUGUGUGUGUGUGUGUGAGUGUGUGUGUGUGUGUGUUCUGGCAAUGCUUACUUAAUGGGGACAUCGCUCCGUUUACACAGUCACCUUUAGGGGACCUCUGACGGUAUGGGGACAAAAAAAACAGGUCCCCUAAAGGCAUACUUGCCAACCCACCCGAUUUUUCCGGGAGACUCCCGAAUUUCAGUGCCACCCCCCGAAAAUCUCCCGGGGCAACCAUUUUCCCGAAUUUCUCCCGAUUAAUUUCUCCCGAUAUCCACCCGCACAACAAUAUUGGGGGCGUGCCUGAAAGGCAACGUUCCCUCUAAGGUGCGCGCCUGCGCAAUUGCGCACUGCUCGGGCGUCCUCUGCGCAGAGCAAAUAUAUGCCGCGCACCAAAUCAAAUCCGAUCUGAAUUCUAAACAAAAUAAACACAUUUAUUCUGUGUAAUUUUGCAAAUGCAACUCUGAGUUACAACAAGCGGCCCUAACGGUGUUCGUCAACACCGUUCAAUUAUUGUAACGUCUAUCGAGAUGCUUCGAGGACAGGAAUUAAAUCGAUCACUUUAUUGAGCAAAACUGUUUAUAUUCGGCCAUAACCACACCAAAAACAUGAGUAAAAAAACGUCUAUCUCGAAAAUCUAGUCAUUUUCUGCCGUACAAACCAGGCCAAAACCAACUUGUCACCUGUCACCAACACGCAUAGCACUAAGCCACUGGUGCGUUUAUGGCCACACAAAAAGUCGGACAACUCAAACACCACACAAUGAUACGUGUGCUUAUUCUACUGUCAUUUAUUAUUCAUGUUAAUUUAUUGAUAUUAAUCAUAGAAUGCUGUUACUAGAGAAAGUUCCAGGAAUGCACACUUCAUCCUAUGCUUACAUUUCAUUGUGCAACAUGAGGAUGUUUAAGGAGAACUAAAUGUGAUCAAAACAGGACAUAUUGUACAAUAAUAAUCCAUAGCUUAUGAAAAACAAGAUUUCUUUUAUUUUCAUUACAAGUGGGCCAAAUCACUAAUAUUACAAAAUAAUCUCAUGAAAAUGACUCCUGUCAUUUGAGUGUUAUUAAUAUAAAAGAUUGGUUUGAGACGGGUGUGCUGCUGGUAUUGCCACGUGUGAUGUUGCUCACAUGUGCUCCACUGAAUGCUCGGGGAGUUUUUGUGUUUGCUCAGACACAUGAACAGUUAGAGGGAACAUUGCUUAAAGGUACUGCCUUUAGCAUCCUCUCUCACCUGAAACCUUCACCCCUUAACAGCCACAUGCUGUCCAGGCGUCCGCUUUUCCUCCAUAUAAACAGUCACAUAAUAAUGUAGCGUUGGACGGGUUUAACAAUGGUCUUUACUCGAAGAUGUCAAGUGAUGCCGACACGUUGUAUGAUCUUUUAACUGGUUAAAUGAUCAUGUUAAUUUCAAGCACACUCAAGUGAAUGCAAGGCAUACUUGAUCAACAGCCAUACAGGUCACACUGAGGGUGGCCGUAUAAACAACUUUAACACUGUGAACCCACACCAAACAACAAUGACAAACACGUUUCGGGAGAACAUCCGCACCGUAACACAACAUAAACACAACAGAACAAAUACCCGGAAUCCCUCGCAGCACUAACUCUUCCGGGACGCUACAAUAACAUCUACGGCUUUUGGAGCUCAGUGCCCAACUGCACACACAACAAGAAGGAGGUCUCAAGGUUGGCAAGUAUGCCUAAAGGGAAACCUUUUUAAAUGAUAUUAAUCAUUUAAAAAGGUUCAACCAUUAAUAGUACUGUGAUUCUGUAUGGUAUCCAUCCUUUAGUUAAAACUAUUAUAUGUUUCCAAAAACCAAUAUCUGGUUUAGUGUUCCUAAGGAUGACAUUUUUUAUUGAUUAUAAAACAUUAUUACCUUAAAAGUAUGAUUCACAUUCAGAAUGUCCCAUCCUUCUAUAUAUGCUAGUUGGAGUCGCAGACAACUUCAUUACUGCUAAAUAGCAGUUUUCAGUCAUGUCACAGAGGAUGCAGGAUUAAAUAACAUUUAAGUCAGGGGUGUCCAAAGUGCGGCCCGGGGGCCAUUUGUGGCCCGCAGCUAAUUGUUUACCGGCCCGCCACACAUUCUGGAAAUGCUAUUGCACAAAUAAAAAAAACAUUAAAAAAAGUGGAAUGAGGUGAAAUCUAACAAGAAAAAGUUGCAAUGUUGACACAAAGCUGCCAUGCAGGCUGUUUUUUUCCCCUUUUGUCUAUCUUUCUUUUUCUUUUCUUUUUUGCCAUUGCUCAAAAAAAUUAAUAAUUUCAUGUUAUAAUGAAUCAUUGACCUAUUCAAGGCUCCAAUUAUUUCAAAUAUUUCACUUUAAAAUGUUUUGUGUGGAAAAUAUUGCAAAUAUUGUGUGGUUGCCAUACAAAAAACAUAGUUUUAUUUGACAAAAGAGCAUAAAACAAACAAAAUAAUAGUUCAAACGUAAAAUCGACCGAUAUAUCUGAAGUUGAUCUCGUAACUUAAGUGUUGAAAGUAAAAAAAAACAACCUAAUAAAAAUGUAUCACUUUCUGAGUGGGGCACCUUUUGGAUCCCAAAUAUAUUUAAUGGGUUUUUAUUGAUCUUUUCACUGUGAUUACUCAAAAAUAAUAAUGAAUUAAAAUCAAUGGUGUACUUCCCAUCAAACAUUGCUUUCUGACUGUUUUGGGCAGUGGGGGAAAUACUGCAUAUUUCAGUUUUAUUAUAAAAAAACAAUGUUGUCUUUGACAGAAAAGGCAUACAACCUUUUUGUUUUUUUUAACUUUAUAUCAACCUGAAGUUGAUAUACUGUAGAGCAGGAGUCACCAACCUUUUUGAAAGCAAGAGCUACUUCUUGGGUACUGAUUAAUGCGAAGGGCUACCAGUUUGAUACACACUUCAAUAAAUUGCCAGAAAUAGCCAAUUUGCUCAAUUUACCUUUAACACUAUGUUAUUAUUAAUAAUGAAUGAUAUUUACACUUAAUUGAACGGUUUAAAAGAGGAGAAAACACGAAAAAAAUGACAAUUAAAUUU